AUGGCCACUGGACUGGGAGAGAAAGCAAGAGGGGAGCUGCUUGACAAGAUGGUUCGUUUGAGGAAGGAGAAGCAGAGUGCCGAGGCUAAAUCAUGUAAAGAUAGCUCUACUCCGAAGAAAAGGACUGAUAAUAAAAAAAGAAGGCGAAGGCAAGAGUCGGAAGAGGGAGAUCUGGAUAAUGAAGUGGAUUUUGUGAUGAUUACGAUUACGCGCCCGAGUAAAGGAGUGAGGUCGAGGAAGAGGAAACGGGAGAUAGAAGAUAGAAGAAGCGAGUCCCUCGGUGGAGGCGGUUUCAGGGAAGCAUCUGAACAAGACGGCUCCAAUGGCUCUAGCGAGAUGGAAGAAAACAACUUACAAGGGCAACACAUUGAUCCGAAAUUUGGGCGAAGUAUUGAUCGAGAUGGAAAACGCGACAAGCCCGGGGACGGAGGAAAAUUUCAAAACCCAAAAAGGUGA